AUGGACAAUUACGGAAGUAUUAAGUUAACUGAUGGAUUGGCAGACGGUGAAAAGCCCUUUACAACACCAUCGCAGGUGUUCUACACUACUACUGGACUUCGAGCGGUAGACCCAGGUUCCGCCAAAGCGAGUUGUCCACAUGCCCAUAUUGGGCCAUUGAGAAGGGGACAUAUCCUCUAUCGCCUGGACGGAAGUCCCGAUAAUAAUGCCUCAUACGAAACUGUGGCAAUAAGAUCUAUAGAAGUGGGCCCCGAAACAGAGCAGAAAGUUUACAGCGUGUCGCUGUGGGCAGGCGAGCAAUCGCAUCACGCGAACGGUUACCUUCUUGCCAUCAAUGAUCCCAACAGAGCUGUGGAAGCCGCGGCCCGUGCCCUUCGUGCCCUUCCACCGAAGAAGCGGAUUUCACUUCUUGCAUCAUUUCACGAGCUCAGUUCGACGUUCACGAAGAACGACAUUCAAGCUAUCCAUGAGCGACUGAAUUUCGAACUCUUUGGAAGUUAUGGGAAAAGAGAGGAAGGCCUAAUUUCACGGUCCGAAAUCUUCCCGGCCCUGGUCUCUCCAAUUGACCAGCUAAAAGCGAUGAAAUACAACCCUCGACAACUACCCAAUGGUGUGCCUCUGGACAGGAUACAAAGGAGAUUUUCGCUGUUAGCAAUAGGCGACUCCAACUUGCCUUCGGCAUACACGCUGCCCGACUUGAGCGUCAUAGAUGACUGUAUUCUUAUAGAUGACGUGCCUCAGAUGAGAUGCGAGGUGAACCACCAUAGGAGAACGUUUCAAUGGACACGCAGAGUUCAAGAAAAUAUGUUUGAACAUGGAGUUCUGUCUCUUUACAACCAUGGGCUGUCAGGCAAGGGUGUGGUACUCAUUUCUCCCACAGAUGCACCAGAAGAUUGCUCAAAGAAGGAUGUCCAAGCAUUUGAGGCAUUGCCCAAAAGUGUAGCAAAAAAACAUCCAGCUGCUUCACGCCAAGCGGCAAGCGGGCGAACCUGA